CCAUAUUCUCAUCGUUAGAUGACGUUAUAAUGUUUUGCAAACACUUGUUUUUAUUGACAAAGUAAAAUGUUAAUUGAAGUAAAUGAUUAGACGAAUUUUAGACAAUCAGAAUUUUCAAAGCACUUCUUUAAAUAAUAUUUACCGAUCAGUUAUUGGUACUAGGCUCGAUGUGUUGCUAGUACAAGAAUUGUCAACCGUGGAAAAUGUCAUUGGUUGUUUAUCAAGAAAUGACUGAAAAAUCUGGAUGCGGCGAACUGCAGCAAUUGGUUCAAGAAGAGGAAUGCGAAGAACCAUUAUGUCCCGGUGGGGAAGCAACACCACCUUCGACACCUGCAAGAUCGAAACUUCCAAAUAAAAGUGAUACGCAUAGUUCUCAUGUAUCGCAACAAGUGCUAUGGGAGAAUAAUACACAGACAUCGCCGAUCGUUAGCAAAGAAAGCUCCGGUCAAGCAACGAGCCAAGGAUCUAUGGUUUCUGGCAGAGCUGUAAAUCUAUCAAAUUAUGGUAAUCAGUCUCGUCUAAGUUACGUGAAUGAGAAGGACAAGCAAAGACCCAAUCGACUGGAAUCAUCAAAACUGAAUCGUCAACAUAAAGGUAUGGCGCCAUGCAAACAUCAUUGCUUUUUAUCAGAGGUUCCCGAUGUGCGACGCAUGGAGCAGGCAUUAUUACAACUUCUAGAAGAUUUUCACAGCGGCAAUUUACGCGCAUUCGGGAAAGACUGUAGUAUGGAGCAAAUGACAGAAAUACGAGAACAGCAAGAACGUUUAGCUAAACUUCAUUUCGAGUUAGGUCAAAGACAAGACAUUAGUGGAGAACAAUCGGGUCUUCGACAUUCAAGCGCUAAUAUGCGUCACUUGUUGCAUCGUCUUCAACAACUCAGUAUAUGCAUCGAAAAACUACACAUGAACGCAACUCGAUGAUUCCGCUCGUUAGAUACAUUGAAGCCGAGACGGUCCUUGACAGUAUCAUAAUUUUCAUUAUUUUCGUACUACUCCCGUCCAGACACGAUAAGCCAUGCAGUUCUCCUUGCUUGUUAUUUAUGAGUAGUUUAAGUUGCGCGCGAAUAUUUAAUAGUCCGCAGACGGAGAAUAAUUUAAAUGAUGCAAAGUACACCAUAGCGUAAAGUAAAAAUCUGUUCUUCCUCCUAUCGUUGCGCGUAGAACCCAUUCUAUUUAGAAUAUUUCCAAGUAAUGUCUAUAAUUCUAUUUAAACAUUAGGCACCAUUUCGUUUCAAUGGAAUGAAAAUUUUCCAUCAAAUUGCUCUCAUUGACGAUCGAUUGUAUCGUGCGAUGUUAUGUAAUGUUAAUCGGAUGGAUCGGACUUGGACCGAUCAAUUAUUAUACAGCGUCGUUCGUAACAAAUCAGAUUCGAACACGACAUCGAUCGACGUGGGUGAAUUCGAGGAGAACGGUUGCUAUUAAAACGGUGACGGAACAAUCGAAAGAUAAGGCGUGCGAACGACCUAGCGAAUUGAUAAAGGCGACACGGAAAAAUAGCAAUUUACGCAUUUCAUUUAUCUCCUCAAGGUGUCGCAAUAAUGUUUGUCGCAGGUUCCCGCGAACAAUUGAUAUUGAUACGUGGCAAAAAAAGAGACAAAUCUUCGGAUUCUGAUCUUCCGAGAGCACUGUGAAUUUCAUAUCGUACAAUUCGAUCUCUCACUGCAGUACUAGCAGGCCUAUUAAUCGUCUUCGACGAUUGUUUCCUUGCUC